AUGUGUUGGUUAGGCCAUGUGUGGCAUAUGCCGAACCACCGUUCGCCUAAGAUAGUGCUUUUUCCCUGCCUAGUUCAUACUAGUGGAAGCAGAAUAGUGCGUAUGAAAUAUAUUGUUGCGGCUCACCUUCCAGAACGGGUCCGCGUGGCCCCAUUAUGCUGCAAUAUAUGGCUGCCAAUCGAUUUGAGUGGCGUUCUCGUUGUCGGUUUGUAUCCAGAUUGCCUGAAUGAGUUUCUGGAGGCACCUCGGAAUGAUUGUAUCAGGCUUUCGAAUAAAUCAUGGUUAUACGGCAGUGAAACAUCGAUGUUGAACACUGAUGUUAUGUUGUCGAUGUUAUAUCUGGAGAAGGCCAGCAGCACCGACAGGGUUACAAUAGGGUUAUCAGGAAUCGGAUAUGUGGGAUGGGUGAGUACUUCGCUUGUGGGUUGCACCCAACAUUAUUGGUUGCAGUGGCGCAUUCAUGUACUGCCCGUGUCGAGCCAAUUUGUGACCAAUACACUCGUCAAGCAGAGAUGGGGCAAGAUGGCCCAAGUGGUGUACGAUGAGAUUGCCACGACUUCAGCUCCUUGGCCCGGGGUCUUGGAAUUUUUGCGCACACAACCACCCGGAGCCCUGGGUGCAGAUGUUGGUUGCGGAAACGGAAAAUAUCUAGUAGCAGUCCGGGAGAAUUCGGAAAACCGAUCAGUCUGUCGGCAAGAGCCUGCUUCAUCCAACCAGCCAAACUCAGUCGCAUCUCCUCGACUUCCUACUAUCCCGCCAUUGGCCCCGAUGUUGGCGAUGGAGCGAAGCAGCUGCCUGGCGAAAAUAGUGCGUGAACGAGGUUUUGACGUCACCGUAGGCGAUAUCCUCAGGUUGCCCUAUUGCUCAGGCAGACUAGACUAUUUUCUAUGUAUUGCUGUCCUGCAUCACCUAUCAACAGAACCUCGACGACUUCAAGCACUCGAAGAGCUUGCACAGCUUUUGCGUCCAGGAGGCCGUGGACUCAUCCAAGUUUGGGCAAAGGAGCAACGUGACCCCACAAGUUCCGAACCGGCUCGAUACUUGCGGAAGACUCGAACUACGCCAUCUGAAGGAGAGGAAGGCAAACCGAAUGUAGUGGAGCCCAUAGAAAACGUUCGGCUUCCUGUCCACGUAUCGGGUACGGAAUUCCCCGCCACCGAUAUGAUCGUCCCUUGGAAAUCGAAACAACGAAAAUCUACCGGAAUCUCGUCUCCAAAUAAGUGUGACGCGUGUCCGUCGGCCAUCCCCGGUCGCUUUUAUCACCUAUUUGUCCGUGGCGAACUGGAAACGCUGAUCGAACAGGUUCCCUCACUUCGGUUAGAACGCGCGUUCUAUGAACAGGGCAACUGGGUUGCCAUCGUUACAAAGCCAAUCAGUGUUAAUACAAUCCAAAUGGAUUAUCUGUUAUUUUACUUUGCUCUACGGUUCGCUCCCGCGCCAAUGCGNGCGCAGCUACCUACCCCCUCCCCCACCCUAAAUCUUCAGUGGACGAAACUGCGUCAGCUACAACCACUGUACGACAAGUACGCGGUUAUUACAGCUGACAAUGAUGAUGAAUGGGAACGAAUUACGUGCAUGCUAUCCUUUCAGUGCAACAAUCCGGUGGAAGCGAGCCAGAGGCGGUCAAACAAUGACUUGGCGGCGAAGUAUAAAAGCCAUUACCAGCAAACUGAGCUGCGCUGGUCAUUGCCGUCUUCCUGGAUGGGGACCCCGAGACCGGCCAUUGUCAGACAUAGCCCAGCCGCGCCCUCAAUGGCCCUCAUGCAUCCAACCUAUUGCCUUCAUUGCAUAGUUCCCUUCCCAAUUCCCCCACUUGACACUCCCGCCUCUAAUGCGCGACUACCUAACCCACCUUCCCAAAUCAUCGGUGAACGAAGCUGUAGCAGCUAUAACCACAACGACAAGUACGCGGUUCUUACAGUUGACGAUAAUGAUGAUGAUUAUUUUCGCUUGAGUAGUUCUUUCCGACACACUGUGUGCGCCUACGAAAUGCGAAUAUGUUGUGUUCACAGGUGCGUCCGUCGUCGUAUCUCAUGUGAUCGGAAUUUCGGACCCACAUGGCCACGGUACUUGUGA